AUUAAGCAAUUCCGCUGCCAGCAGGUAAAAUACACCUGGAUAUUUUGCAGGAACGGAUGUUUCAAACACGUGAACUUUGAUCUCAUGACUGCGACAGCCAGUACAGACACAUUUCUUUCAUUUUUUUCUGCCAUGGCCCUUAGCCGUGCAGGGCUUGGUCGCUGCACUUGCUGUUUUUGGUUGGCAGUGGCUUUUGAUAUCUUUGGGCUGGCUGUUCUCCUAAUUGGAGUAUUUGCCAAUGUCUUUUUCUAUGACUUCCUAAUCUAUGCUGGAUCUAUAGUGAUCUUUCUGAGCCUCAUCUGGUGGGUAUUCUGGUACACUGGAAACAUUGAAGUUCCUCCAGAGGAGUUGGCUGAUGAUAUAGGGCUUAAGAAGAAUACUGGUGUUAUGGGGCUUGUCAGGACAUUGUCUGGACGACUGUCCAGUAGUUUCAGAAGUCGUCGUGAUGCAAGACUGGCAAAACAGGGCCGAAGAGAGAGUCCAGGUCUAAAGCCAAAGUGGAUGGAUAAACCAGUUACUAUACCAAUGACACAACAACCUACCAGUAUCUCUGCUGUUCUAGACAUGGAUCAAAAAGUGAGAGGUAUUCAUACAUCUCCUAUAUAAAGAAAUCUGUAUUCAGGUUGGUACAG